ACUACUCUCCAGAAUGUUGAGAUUGCCAGAGAAGUGACUUCUGAUAAAAGGAAAAUAUUGCUCUACCUAAACUCAAACGGCAUCCUUUGCAGUGUCAUAGCACAUGGAUUUCAGGACUGCCUGUGAAGAGACAAAGACAGGGAUUUGUUUGCUGCAGGAUGGUAAUCAGGACCCUUUCAAAGUUCGGCUACACCUAGCCAAAGAUAUUUUGAUGAUUCAAGAACAAGAUGUGAUAUGUGUGUCUGGUGAACCUUUCUAUUCUGGUGAAAGAACAGUGACCAUUAGAAGACAAACUGUAGGAGGAUUUGGAUUAAGCAUAAAGGGGGGAGCAGAGCAUAAUAUUCCAGUUGUCAUUUCAAAAAUCUCCAAAGAGCAAAGAGCGGAACUUUCAGGACUACUCUUUAUUGGGGAUGCAAUUCUGCAGAUAAAUGGAAUUAAUGUGAGAAAAUGCAGACAUGAAGAAGUUGUACAAGUUCUUAGAAAUGCUGGAGAAGAAGUGACCUUAACAGUGUCUUUUUUAAAAAGAGCACCUGCUUUCCUCAAACUACCACUGAAUGAAGAUUGUGCAUGUGCACCAAGUGACCAGAGCAGUGGCACCUCUUCUCCUCUUUGUGAUAGUGGCUUACAUCUCAACUAUCAUCCCAACAAUACAGACACAUUAUCAUGUUCUUCAUGGCCAACAUCACCAGGCUUGAGAUGGGAAAAGAGAUGGUGUGACCUUAGACUGAUCCCUCUACUUCAUUCUCGUUUCUCUCAGUAUGUGCCUGGAACAGAUUUGAGUCGGCAGAAUGCUUUUCAAGUCAUCGCUGUGGACGGGGUCUGCAGUGGGAUUAUUCAGUGCCUCUCUGAUGAAGACUGUAUUGACUGGCUUCAAGCAAUAGCAACUAAUAUUUCAAACCUCACAAAGCACAAUAUUAAAAAAAUCAACAGAAACUUUCCUGUAAAUCAGCAGAUAGUCUACAUGGGAUGGUGUGAAGCACGGGAGCAGGAUCCCCUUCAAGAAUGUGUGUACUCACCAACAUUUCUAGCUCUUAGGGGAUCAUGUCUUUACAAGUUUCUGGCACCUCCAGUGACAACAUGGGACUGGACCCGAGCAGAGAAAACAUUUUCAGUUUAUGAAAUUAUGUGCAAGAUUCUUAAGGAUAGUGACAUGCUGGACCGGCGGAAACACUGCUUCACUGUGCAGUCUGAGUCUGGGGAAGAUCUCUACUUCUCUGUGGAGUUAGACUGUGACCUUGCCCAGUGGGAAAGAGCCUUCCAAACAGCAACUUUUCUGGAAGUGGAACGAAUACAGUGCAAGACAUAUGCAUGUGUGCUAGAAAGUCAUCUAAUGGGACUCACAAUUGACUUUAGCGCAGGAUUUAUCUGCUUUGAUGCCGCGACAAAGUCUGUACUUUGGAGGUACAAAUUUUCUCAGCUUAAAGGUUCUUCAGAUGAUGGCAAGAGCAAAAUCAAAUUUUUGUUUCAGAAUCCAGAUACUAAACAGAUUGAAGCAAAGGAGCUGGAGUUUUCAAAUCUAUUUGCUGUUCUUCAUUGCAUUCAUUCUUUCUUUGCUGCCAAAGUAGCUUGUUUGGACCCACUCUUUUUAAGCAAUCAGGUCACUGCUUCUGCUGCUGCCAGCUCUGCUACUACAAGCAAAACAAAGUACAUGACUUGAUACAUUGAGCUUUGUAUUUCCACUUACCAUGACU